GUAAGGAUGAUACAGAUAUGUGUUUAUGCUGCAUUAUCAAAGGUUCAGUAUGUUUUACCAUUCUAACCAAGAAUUGAGUUACUGAUCAUGACUUGUGAGCAGCAGAUGAGGAAUUCUUAAAGCAAGCAUGGGGAAUACAUCGUCAUCAGACCUUGCCUUGGAUUUACCGGUCAUCAUUAUAAUAGCUAUUGUCUGUUGGGCUGCUCUCAUUCUCAUCAUCCUUGGGAUCCGACAAAUUUUACUGUCAAGGGGUGUGUGCGAAGCAGGAUGUGGUUGUGCUAUUUGUGGAUCAGAAGACUCACCGCCCUGCUGUGACUGUUGUAUAGCGAUGUCUGAGUCUUGUAAUUGUUGUAAUCCUUCUGUUGGAGGCUGUCUUGACAAGUGCUGCCCAAACAGAAAGUCCCUCAGCUGUGUAGAAAUUCUCCUUUGUCAGUGUUUUGGAUCUACAAAUUGUCUCACAAAUUGGUGCAACGAAUGUGGAACUCUUCAGUCUCAGAGUGCUGUGUGACAGUAACACACACACACACAUAUAUUUAUACUUGUACAGUUAACCUUGUGGACACACCUUUACCCUGUUGUAAUGACCCAUGUUGUGCGUCACUGUGUAGGCCUGACUGUUGUGAGAUACAGAGUGAUGACAACACGGCUCCCCUGUGUGACGACUGUUGUAAUGAACCCUGUUGGUCAACGCCUAUACCUGACGAUAUGGAGGAAGAAGAUAUGCCCAGGUGUAUUAACUUAGGCCUUGGGUUCGACAAGAAGUUGGGCGCAUUUCAGUGCUUCUGUAUGUCUCUCGGUGGAACAUCAAUGGCAAGAAAUGUCCAUGAACUUCGGAGGGUUUCUACAGUUUCAGGAGUUCAUAAAAUGCAGCCAGUGUCUUCCACAGUAGUUAAUAUAAAAUAAUUAAAUCAUUCCUUCAUUAAAGAAUGUUGACAAGAAAGAGUAUAGCAUAUUAACAUAGUUUUAUAAAGGAAAAAAUUUCUUGUGCAUGAGAAAAUCUGAAGUUUUACUCUUUAUUGUUUUAUAUUGUGAAAAUAUGGCCAUGUGUUAGAAAUCUGACUGGGUAGCCAAUUUAGAUCAAAACAGUAAUCUUGUAUAGAUUAUAAUUACAACUGGUUUCUAGUCAUCUAUGCACCAUAUGUAACGUAGCUAUAUUUCCAACAAGUCAUCAUUUCUAAAACGAAGAUGAUUUUUUUUCUUCUUAGAUCUUAACAGCUACAUGUAUACAAGUUUUCAACAGGAUAUUUUUUUAAUAAAUGAUGACAUGAUUGCAAUUUAUCUACAUAGGAAGGUGAUACUGUUAACUGGGUAUGAGUCCAUCCAUAUCUACUAAAUGCUUGAGGUUAGGAUUAGCCACCUGAGCUCAUUGCAGGAUUUAUACAGCAACAUUAAAAAUACUGUCCAGUGACAAACUUGUCAUCCUUAUGUAUCUAUAUCAUUCUGUUAUAAUACAGCAUUAAUAUCAGUGACUGUUGUAUACUUAUAUUGUGACCAAUUGAUUCUAGUUCAAGUCUUCAUUAUUUUAAGAUAUCAAUCACAGGUUUUUAAAAAAAAAUUGCAUAAAUUUUGCAUUAUUUUCUUAAUGGUGCUUAAAGAAAAUCAAUAUUGGUGACAUGGGACACAGUUUUUAUGCAUCUGUAGACAUUCAACAUAAAACAUGUGUGAUCUCGUAGUUUUUUUUCUCCAAUUCAACGACAGUCAUGAAAGCAAGACUAGUGUUACUUUUCCACCGCUCUGAAGUUUAAAGUAAAACUCCUGUGUGAUCCAAAGCUUGUUAUGUACUCG